AUGCAUCAAUCGUGGCUGCCCCUGUCUCUGCUCCUUUGGGCGGAGGUGUCCUCGUGUCUGAGAAGCCCCCACAUCGAGGACUCCCCCUGCCUGCUGGAGGGCCAGCAUCACAAAGACGAGCUUGAUCUGGGGGCCCGGGACAAGCAGGCUGUACUGUCGCCGAGCGAGGUCACGACCGCUGCAAGCGAUGCGAAGGUGAACUUGAAGAGCGGCCAAGACUACACCGUCUUCUAUCCCCAACAGGAGCAAGCCAUCUGGCCCGUGGUGCGGAACAAGGGACCCGACAAGGCGGCCAAGCUUAUCCUGGAAUCACCCGACUUGGGCCCGCUGGGAAUAUCCAUCGCCUCGAUCUAUGCCUCUUGCCCCGGGACGCGUCCGGGAUCUCCGAAGAUCCGUUGCGAAUGGGACAACACGAAGGCCGACUUCUCCAAGUGGUCCAAGAUCACCCUCAAGUUCACAGGCAAAGUGUCACGGCACCAACCUGGGUUCCGUCACGUGCAUCCCUGUACUUAG